GAUGUUUUAUGGAUUUCUGGAUAUUUGGGUCAGGUUCAGGUGCAUCGUGUGGCCUGCAGGGGUGUUUCCUUCACUUCAUGCUGGUGACAGCAGCACACAGUGAGAGGUGGGGCAGUGUGGGAGGAGCACACACAUUUCCUCUAAUAUAAAAUUAGGAUUGAGCUUUUGCAGCCCAUCGUUCAGUCCAGAGCUCUGCUGCAGGAUGUCGCUCUCUGCCGCGCUCGCCAUCGUCGGAGGGUUCUUGGUUGUUUUCCACCUGACGAGGCUCGUGUGGAGGUGUUGGUGUGGACUCAGACAGUUUGUCCUGUCACAGUUCUGGCAAGUGGACUUCAGGAAAUUUGGGCAGUGGGCAGUCGUCACCGGCGCCACGUCUGGGAUCGGUAAAGCUUACGCCAUCGAGCUGGCGCGGCGAGGCCUGGACGUCGUUUUGGUGAGCAGAUCUGAUAAAAAACUUCAGCUGGUUGCCAAAGAGAUUGAGGAUCUGUACGGACGGAAGACUCGCACCAUCCGAGCGGACUUCACGGACGGUCACAGGAUCUAUCCUGCGAUAGCUGAAGAGCUGCAGGGGCUGCAGAUUGGAGUUCUGGUUAACAACGUGGGAAUGUCCAUUUCCGAUAGUUUCACCUACUUCCUGGAAACACCAGACGCCGAGCAGAAGAUCACUCACAUCGUGAACUGUAACGUGCUGUCUGUGCCUCAGAUGACCAGGCUGAUUCUUCCCGACAUGGUUCAGAGAGGGACGGGCCUGAUCAUCAACAUCUCGUCUCAAGUGGCCGUCCGUCCACAGCCUCUGUUGUCCGUUUAUUCUGCCAGUAAGAUCUUUGUGACGUAUUUCUCUCAGUGUCUGCACGCCGAGUACAAGUCAGAGGGAAUUAUUGUUCAGUGCGUGACGCCCUUCAUGGUUUCCACCAACAUGACAAAAAACAUUGCGGUCAGCAGCUUCGUGAAGAGCGCUCCGAGCUUCGCCCGCGACGCCUUGAACACCGUCGGUCACUCCAGCUACACCAGCGGCUGCCUGUCCCACGCUCUCCAGGACGCGGCGCUCACACUCGUGCCGGACUGGGUUCUUAUGUCGUCGGUCUUCAUCAGAAAACUACGAAACCUCCCAAAACUCAAUGACGGACGAGCGUGCAGGGAGAAGGAGGAGUAGUCCACGAUGUGGAUUACAUGAUGUCACAGUUGUGUUUUUAAAUCACUGGACCUUUAAGUCUUUGGUUAGUUGAGAUAUUUCAUCUUGACUGUCACACUCCACAUGAGAACACAGAUAACAAUACUCAGUAGAGUUAGCAUAUAUUUACUUCUAUGACAAACAGCAGUUUAAUAUAUACACUUACAGAGCGUUGGUAUACAAGUGUCAGUUCUUUAAGGCUUUCUCAUUCACUGUUUUAACUGUCGAUGGAACAUGCCGAGCCAGGCGACCGAUGACUUAUUCAGCAUCUGUGUCCACGCGAGCGCCGCAACACUGUAAAACUAAAAGACAGAAACGCAGGAAGGUUUUACUCUGUACUUUGUAAGUAAGUUAAAUUAUUUUGAAUGUUAAAAUGUGAUGACUUGUUCUGCUUUCAUCAUCGUUGGUAACCAUCAGUGCAUCAUGAAGAAUGACGAACAUCCAAGUAACAGCUGUGCUGUUCUUCUUUCCGAGGUCGGAAGUACAAAACAGUUCAUUUCUUUCGUAAAGACUCGAGAUUAAACAGUAACAGGAAAACAUGAUCGCAGACGAACACGCAACAAAAACCUGAACGUCUUUGGGUCACCUGGUCCAGAGAGGCGAGCAGCAAAAAUGCAGUUAAUAAAAAAACUAUUAAAGUCAUCUGUUAUGAGAAAACACCACAAACUCGACAUGUAAUCCCUGAAAAUAUACACAGACGUUUCUAUAUCCCAUGUCUUAUGGCCAAAUUCCACCGGGCGCGGAUGAGACACGUUACGUGUACGGAGCUAAGUGCAAUUGAAGCGUCCCCGGUCUCCAC